AUGGACUACAUGGAAUAUUUGAAAGAAAUGGGACUCGUAUGGCACUGCGUCUCUAUCCUUGUGGGCCUCCUUGCCUUUUAUUUUAUCAAGGAGCGCUCUACUGCAAACGCGAGCCAGCCCAGCCUGCCUACGGUCACGCACUUCAGGCUUCUGCCUCCAUUUCUCAACCGCAUCCUUUAUGUCGUUAAGGCGCCUUUUCUGAUCUACUCUGGAUACAAAAAUUACAAGUCCAAGCCCUUCCGGAUUCUCAAACUGGAUGGAGACCUAGUCAUCCUACCUCAGCGGUAUCUUGAGGAACUUGGAGAUGUUCAUUCACGUCAGGCAAGCCUUGUCGGUGCUAAGUACAAGAAUAUUCUAGGAGGAUGUACCAACAUACUCAUAAACAGUGAGUUGCCGGUGCGCACCGUUUCGGGGAGGUUGAAUCCAGUUUUAGACCGUCAAAUCCCUCGGCUACUCUUUGAACUCCACCAUGCUUUCUCGGCUGUAGUCCCUUAUUGCGAAGGCAAGUAUGUGUCCGUCAACUUGUACCAUAUGAUCCUCAAGCUCGUUACACACUCGACAUCCCGCAUCAUCAUCGGCCAAAGGCUCUGCAGAAGCGAGCAAUGGAUCAACACUAUGACCAAUUGUACAUACGAGGUGUGCAUUACCGUCAAGAAACUACAGCUCGUUCCAAGGUACCUCCGUCGCCUGAUAGCUCCGUUCCUUCCAAGUGUCCGGAGACUAGAAAUGCAACUCCGAUGGAUCGCAGAACAGCUUAUUGUGCCUAUUAUCCAGCACCGCAGGGGACGUGAGCUCAAUGAACCAUCCUACAAGAAACAAGAUGACUUCCUGCAGUGGAUGAUGGAUCUGGCGGACAAUGACUCCGACAGAGACCCCAUGAACUUGGCAUAUGGACUGAUGAUCACCAUGGCUUUGGCUGUCGUUCAGACCAGCACAAUGCUCAUCACCCAUGCUAUGUAUGACCUGCUGGUCCAUCCCGAGUACUUUGAGCCUCUGAGAGAUGAAAUACAUGAGACCUUGAGAAACGGCUGGAUUAGGGCCUCGUUGAGUAACUUUGGCGCCCAGCGUCGAUUGGAUAGCUUUCUUCGCGAGUCACAGCGCCUGAACCCACCUUCUGAAGUCUCCGCCCAACGCGUCCUCGAACGGCCGGUUACCCUCUCCGAUGGAGUCACUCUUCGCAAAGGAACUCAUAUCUGCUUCCCAUCCGGACCUAUGUCUCGCGAUUCAGCUGUCGUUCCUGACCCACUUAUCUUCGACGGGUUCCGUUGGUGUAACGACCUUGAUGCCCCAGAUGGAAGCCUUACUGAUGUCAGCCCCGCCAACCUACACUUCGGAUUUGGUGGACAAGCUUGCCCUGGCCCGUUCUUUGGUGUGGUCAUUGCAAAGGCCGUCAUGAGUCGACUCCUGGCUGAGUAUGAUCUCAAAUUUGAGGAGGGUCAAACCGAAAGACCAAAGAACAUCGUGAACGGAGAGCAGAUUAUGCCGAGCAUGAGUACUAAGAUUCUCAUCAAGAAAAAGAACGUUGAUAUCUGA